AUGCUCUUGCUGUACCGCCACGGUGCUCGUUACCCCACUAGCGGUGCUGGCCCUUCCACUUUCUCCCAGAAAGUCCGCAAUGCUACUGCCUCUGGCUUCAACGUUACUGGCGAGCUGACUUUCUUGGCUGAUUGGACUUACAAGCUUGGUGCUGAGCUUCUCACUCCCUUUGGCCGUAGUCAAAACUUCCAACUCGGUGUCGAGUACCGUCAGCUGUACGGUGAGCUCCUCAACAACUUCACCGAGCAGGACGCUCUCCCUGUCUUCCGUACCGAGUCGCAAGACCGCAUGGUCAAGACCGCCGAGAACUUUGCCGCUGGUUUCUUCGGUGUUCCCGAGUACUUGAACCAGGUCAACAUUGAGAUUUUGGUUGAGAACUCGACCGUCAACAACUCGGGUGCUGCUUACGACGUUUGCCCCAACUCCAACAUUGCCAGCCGUGGCAGCAUCGGUAGCUCUGUCGCCAACAAGUUCGCCGCCAAUGCUUUCAACGCAACCCUUGCCAGACUGAACUCUCAGGUCUCUGGUGCCCUUAACUUCACUGCCACCGACGCCGUCGAGAUGUUGCAGCUCUGCUCCUACGAGACCAACGCUCUUGGCUACUCCAAGUUCUGUGGUCUCUUCACCGAGGAGGACUUCAUCAACUACGAGUACUACUACGACUUGUCCUUUUACUACAACAACGGACCUGGCUCGCCCGUCGCUGCUGCUCAGGGUAGGGUUUUCCUGCAGGAGUGGCUUGCACGCUUCACCCACACCUACCCCGAUGCCACUUCGGCCCUUAACAAGACCUUCGACAACUCCUCCACCUACUUNCCCCUGAAUCAGUCCAUCUACGCCGAUGCUACCCACGAAGUCAUCGUUCUCGACACCCUGACUGCUUUCAACUUCACUGCCUUGUUCAACGGACCCGCUCUUAGCGCCACCGGCAACCAAGGCACCAAUUCUUUCGUUGCCAGCAAGAUCGUUCCCUUCGCCACCCACUUCACCACCCAAAUCAUGACUUGCCCUUCCAGAAACGUCACCAAACAGAUCCGUUUCCUCAUCAACGAUGCCGUAAUCCCUGUUUCUGACUCUCACCCCGGCUGCCCUGUUGACAAGGAUGGUCUCUGUCCUUUUGACACCAUGGUCAACGUUUUGAAGAAGAGAGUCAACGAGAUCAACUUCAACUACGACUGUUACGCCAACUACACCGCUACUGCUGGUGUCAACUACAACGGUCGUGCUCCCACUUCUUAG